CAACACUGGUAACGAGUCAACAGUUCAGUACUUUCCUCGGAAUCUUGAGGGAGAAAAAUUACCUAGAGAAAAUAAUAACAAAUUUGUUAAGUUUAUUAAUAUAUUCACAUAGUAGACCGUAGACGAUACAUUUUAUGUCUCAUGAGACAUGCGACAUGCCGCGAGACCAAGCACCGAAUUUCAUAUUUUAUAGUUGGACAUAGAUACACAACUGUCUUGUAACUAUACUAUUAUUAUCAAUACCAGAAAUGCGUUCGGUUGCCGUCGAUCGUUUGGUAGCCGACAUAUUAUCUUUGAAGAGAACGCUUUGCAUAUAAGAAAUGAACAUCUUUUUGCCCAUUAGCAGUUGGUAGAUAAUGGUAUUAUAUCAUGAGACGUAAUUUGAUAUGCCAGUUCUGUUAGAUGGGAACACUAUCUGCUUCGCAUGUAUAUACAAGUUUCCGGUGAACCAAAAUAAGAAGAGAAACCUUUGUUUGAGUUAAUGAAUUAAAAACUAUUUGAAAGUGAUCUGUGGAACAGUAUAAUUCAGAGAGAUGAGGACGGAAGUUACAGAGUCACAACAUUUCAAAAACUUAAAAGAAUUAUUCGAUAACGUGGGUAACUUGAAACCAUGGCCAGAAAUUGGAGAACUACGAGAUUCAACUGAUUAUGUGUACAGUGGUUUAGAAAUAAGCGCAGGAAGAACGCGGUUAGAAAAAUUGGAUAGAGAAGUACAUCCGAAAACGUUGCUCUGUCAUGAUAUGAAAGGUGGCUACCUAGAAGACAGAUUUAUAUAUGGAUCAGAAUCUUAUGAUUCUUACCUAUUUUAUCACUGGAGUGUUAUUGACACUUUUGUGUAUUUUAGUCAUCAUUUCAUAACUGUGCCCCCUUUUGGAUGGAUUAAUGCAGCACAUAAUCAUGGUGUAAAAGUUCUUGGUACUGUAAUUACGGAAAGAGAAGGUAUCUGGGAUGUUAUACUUGAAUCUCAUGAAGAAGUAAGAAGAUUUGCAGAUGCACUAAUACUUGUUGCAAAAUUUUAUAAGUUUGAUGGCUGGUUAUUAAAUAUUGAAAAUACCAUUAAAAGUGAGCAAGUUAAUAAUUUAAUUUAUUUUGUAAAAUAUCUAACAGAAAAUAUUCAUGAAGCAAUUAGAAAUUCUGAAAUUAUAUGGUACGAUAGCGUAACCAAUGAAGGAAAAUUAAAUUGGCAAAAUGAGCUUAACAGUAAAAACAUAGAUUUCUUUUUAAACUGCGAUGCCAUUUACUUGAAUUAUAACUGGAUGAAAUCAAAAUUGAAAAACAGUUUGGCACUAGCAAAAACUCACAGUCGAGAUAUUCAUGAUAUAUAUGUAGGAGUUGAUGUUUGAGGUAGAGGUUGUCCUGGCGGUGGUGGAUUUAAUUCAUCAUAUGCUUUACAAAAAAUACGACACGAAGGACUUUCUGUUGCACUUUUUGGUCCAGGUUGGACUCACGAAUUUUUCGGAUCUAAGACAUUCCAAGAAGUAGAAGAUCUAUUUUGGGCACAGUUGUUUCCUUAUUUACAGCAAACGGAAGUCAACACGAACCAAUACUAGUUCUCGGCAAUAAUACCGGCUUAAAAUCCAUCGUUCAUUAUAAAUCAAGGGAUUUGGUUGACAACUGGAA